AUGGUUUUGAUUUGUACUAUUUACAAUGAACCAUUUCUGGUUGAAAUCGUUAUUGUAGUGGAAGGAUGGCGGGCAGAAUUUUAUCCUCCAAGGCAUAUUCUGUCGGAUUUCGUCUUUGAUGCUUUAAUUGGCGCAGAUGGAAAGCGUAAUACUGUGCCAGGUUUCCCGAAACGAGAACUGCGUGGCAAAUUGGCGAUUGGAAUAACUGCAAAUUUUGUGAAUCAGCGAACGCCUGCUGAAGAAAAAGUGCAGGAAAUAAGUGGUGUUGCUUAUAUUUUCAAUCAACAGUUUUUCAAAGAUAUGAAAGAAGCAACGGGUAUCGAUUUGGAGAAUAUCGUUUAUUAUAAAGAUGAAACGCACUAUUUCGUAAUGUGUGCUAAAAAACAAAGCUUGUUGGAAAAAGGUGUAAUUAUUGAGGACAAUGAAGAUGUAUCGCUUCUUUUAUCGCCUAAUAAUAUAAAUCAGGAAAAAUUAUGCGAUUAUGCGGCACAGGCAGCCGAUUUCGCCACUAGCGGUAAUCUUCCUAAUUUGAAAUAUGCACGGAAUCACAACAAUAAUGAAGAUGUUGCAAUGUUUGAUUUUACAUCGUUGUUUUCGGCGCAGUGUUCGGUACGGCUUGUUGAACGGUAUGAUCAACGAUUACUAAUGUCGAUUGUCGGGGACAGUUUACAUGAGCCUUUCUGGCCAACAGGCUCAGGAUGUGCGCGAGGAUUUUUGGGUGUCUUCGAUGCGAUUUGGAUGUUAAGAGCUUAUGGUUUGAAUGUGCAAGGUCUGAUGGUACUUCUCGCUGAGCGUGAAAGUGUUUAUCGCCUAUUGGCACAAGCGAAACCAGAUAAUCUUCAUAAACAGACACAUAAAUAUACGAUUGAUCCACGAACGCGUUAUAUUAGUUUGGAAAUGGCGGUACAGCCGCAUGAAAUAAGCCAUCUGAUUGACACGGAUAAUCCACGAAAUGUGGAAACGAAUCAAGCCUUACCACUACGAGCUGCUAAAGCAGCUGAGUGCGUUGGUGAAAUGUAUAUUAAAAGAUACAAGCUAUGGAAGUUCUGUCAACAAGCUCUUGGUGCAUAUCAUUUGCAUAUUUUCAACUUCCUGGAGUGCUGGGACGAUGGACGCGCUUUAGCUGCUUUAUUAGGAAAAUUUCGUCCAGAUCUAGUGGAUUAUUUGUCGCUUUGUGCUGUUGAUGAUCCUAAUGCAGUCAUUGAGCAAGUAUUUUCUGCAGUUAAAAAGGAGUACAGUAUUGAACCACCUUGUAAAAAUUAUGCAGAAUGGGUUGAUGUAAACGCAGAUGCACGAGUUAUCUAUAUAAGCACUAUUGUUGAAGCACUAAAAAGUGAUUCACAACGAAUGCGAGAAACGCUAAUGAAUGCUAUUAGAACUAGUACAAUAUCUCAUAAGCGGAAGACACGACAGGUAGAUACUUCUUACACGAAGAAAACUGAACCAAUCUGCCGUCGAGCAUUCGAUCUGUUAAAUGCAUUUUCAUCGACUGCUGUAUUGAACGAAAAUGUAGAACGAAUGAUGAAAGGCUUUUUGGAGGGCAAGCAAGAUGUUGAUGUAGAAGAGAUCCGAGAUGCUGUAACAGAGCUAAGUGAUGAUGAGAAAUUCCGCUAUUCCUGUAAACGCUUAGACCAAAAUGUUCUUAUACAGUCAGCCGGAUCACAGCCGAUAAAAUACAGGACUGGACGACCAGCUGUUGAGAAACUGAAUCCUGAGCGACUGUAUGCCGUUGAAAAAAUUGUCAGUGGUGAAUUGGAGAAGGAGAAGAUAGAAGAAAUAUAUCGUAAUAAACAACGAUUGGCAAAUGUUUUGACGAGGAAGAUGGACAAACACGACAUUGAUGAAAUGAAAUUAAAACUGGAACAGACUGCUAUGGGCUUGCUUUUCAACAAGGAACGAUAUCGGGUCCUUACUUCCAAGGAAGAAAAGAUCAUUUGCACGAAUGCAGCAGCAGCUCGGCGAACCGUCAAUGAAGGUUUUAAACAUGCUGAUGAAAAAUAUAAGGAAAUUGACAAAAAGCUAUCGAAAGCAGAAACGUUACUGAAGAAUCAAAACCUGGUCGGCAUUAAUAUUGUCUCCAAAACAAAGAAUAAAAGUGGCGUGGCAAUGAAUAAUGGAAGUAAACCAGUAAAUGCUAAUAAACCUCCACCACCUCUGCCUCCGAAGAAGACGAUUUCACAAGAAAACAGAAUCAGUUCAUCAGCCUUGCGUCCAAAAGAUCAAAACAUUAUUUUUCGGAGUAAAUUGUCAAGUAAUACCGCGAGACCUUGUUCGAUGCCUGUCAUGCAGUUGUCGUGCGAAAGUGUUAAUGCCCGCCGACAGAUAAUUUGUCAACUAUGUUUGAAAGUUGUUUACUUAGCUGAACGGAUGCAGGUGGAAGGAAUGUUCAUCCACAAAAAGUGCUUUCGUUGUGCCUUUUGUGAGCAACCGUUACGCCUCGGUAAUUGUGCUCAAGAUCGAAAUCUUCGAAAUUUUAAUCCGAGGUUCUUUUGCAUGCAGCACAUGAACUUACCAGUUCUAGAAAAGAUUGCGCGAAUAGAAAAAAAUGGUUGUAAAGCAAGCGAUGUCACUGGGUCAUAUUUAUCAACGCUGAAUGAUACAUUGAAUGUUGUCAAUGGAUAUGCUAUGUCAUCUACAAAUCAGUCCAUAGGAGCGCCCGCUGUGCAGCGAACUGGACGAAACUCACCGUCUAUACUCCUUGGCAAGACAAUGGAAAAAAUGCGUGCCCAGAAGGAAGCAAUUAGUGCAUUAUCGUCAUCGCUGCAUAUGCAUGUGACACAAGAGCGUGCCGAGUUCGGAAUACAUGAUCAAAAGAUAACUACAAAAGAAAAAGCAACCUCACGUAGCGGCAGUGGAAGUUGUUUAAAUGGUCAAGGCAAUUUUGGUGACGAGGGAUUGUUAGAGGAUGAAGAUGAAUAUUUAUCAUAUGGUGAAGAUGGUGAUGAUGACGACGAUGGUGAUACUGAUUUCAUGGAAGAUGAUGAACUGGUCGAUUUAGAAUCAGCUGUGUUGGAAAAUUUUGAUAAAAGUAUGAAUAGGUCGUUAACUGAAACCGAGGCGUUGAAGCUUCUGAAGACAUUCAAAGAACGUCGGCAACAAAAAUUCCGAGAACACCUAAAUAUUUCGUCGCUAGGAAAAGAAUACGAAGACCUUAAUGAAAAAUUUGAUACAACUAUUACCAAAAACGGAAGCGAAGUAACAGCAAUCAUGGCAGCUGAGUCACCGAAAUUAAUGACAGUGCUGAAUAUAAAGAAAGAUUUGUCUGAAAAGAAUUACUAUCAUUUGUUUAGAGAGCAAGUGCUGGCUCCAUUCACUAAGGAACAGGUUCGCACAAAGGCUGAAAUGAAAACUGGUGAAUUAGAAUUAUGCAGAUUUAGUAAGCGUCAUUCGAUUCCUAAGCAGUCGUCGAAAGUUGUAUCAUGUUUUCCUCGUUGUCUUUCUCUGGAUCUCGAUCAAAAUGAUUUUCAAGGAAUUUAUGCAAUACCUUCACUGAAUGGAGCAUCUGAUUUUACUCACUUUUCACCUCCAUCGAGUAAUGAUUGUUCUCAGAAAGCAGCUGCACUUCAUUCACAACCAAUUGCACAAUCAAAUCUUGGCCUUCUAGCCCGAUUGUUUAGUACUGACAGGGUCAAGGCUCUGCAACAUCCUGACAAGGAUUCCUAUCUACACGAUACAAAUGUUGAAAACCAAAAAGAUGAGGAUAUGUUGAAUAAAUUUUCAAGCUUCCGAAUACUGCGAACUGGGAAAGGAGAAGGAGUACUUUCUCGGUGUGCGAGCAUGCCCGUCUCUCAAGCAGUCAAUAUUUCAUCGGUAAAUAAACAUUCACUUAUUUACCAAGAUACGGCUUCCUCUUCGCCAUCUGUUUUUAACAACACCAACACCGCUUUACCUGAAAACAAAUUAUCACCUACGUUAUUCACAAAAAAAGAUAUCCGUCGUGUUCAGAAACUGGCUGGAAAGAUCUUGAAACAAAAAGAACAAGAAUGUAUUAGUGCAGCACAGGAUUUGCAGCGUGAGUUGGUGGAAAUUGAUGUCCGGAAAUUGGAAGUGGAAGCGGUGGCUGGUGAUUUAGAAAGACGGUUAUGUGAUGAUGCAGAAAAUCUGUGGAUACUGGAGCAGUGGUUGUUAUAUGUACAGGAAAUGAUACAACUGAAGCAACGUGAAGAGGAAUUGAAACUCCGAGUAUCUGAGUUUGAAGUGAACGAAAAAUAUAAAAGCCUUCAACUGCAGCUCAAGGAAGCCCAGAAUAGUGAUACCGGAGUAUUACUUGCUUCUGAUAGUCAGGCUGAAAAGUCAAUACUGAAGAAGACAUUGGCAGUUUUAGAAAUGCGCGAUGCCAUACAGAAACAGCUGAAAGUAAUCAGAGAAAGGGCUUGGAAGCAAAAAGUACCGGAACCGUCAACACUCAUUGGGUUGAAAGGAGCUUCAUAUCGUAAUUUCAAACCGGUUUUCAUUUGAUUUUUUUAUGAUUUUUUUAAGAGCAGGAAUAUAAAGCAAAUAUAUUCUAGUUUUCUGGAAAUUCCUAACUCGG